AUGUCGACAGCUCGAAUCGUUCCCCACGACCCCAAGGCGACAUCGGAGCUUUGGGCCAGUGCUCCCACAGGGGAGAAACCAGCAAAGGUCGGCACGACCAGGGUAUUCUACAACACACCUCCUCAGCAGUUGACUGCUCUGUCGUCGCUUGGCGAUGGAUUUGAGAAGAAGACCGGUAGUGCGAAGCGAGAAGUCGUGAGGAAGGCGGUAGGGAGCGCGGUCAAGGCGGUCAAGGCCAUCGAUGGUGUGAAAAACGUGAAAAUCGAUGCUUCUCUUGACCCUCAUGCAGCUGCGGUUGCCGCUCAUCUGGCCCAAUACUCAUUUACGUUGAAGACCUCUCCGAAUCCUUCGAGAUUCAACCCGAAUUUGAAGGAACCUAUCCCGGAAAAGCUCACCCUUUCUCCUGAGCAGAGCUCGGAAGAAUGGGAUCGUGGAGUGGUAUAUGCAGAAUCGCAAAAUUUUGCUAGGACUCUCAUGGAAUUGCCUGCGAAUAUAGUGACACCAACGGCUUUCACGGAACGCGUCAAAUCGGCUUUCGCUGGCAUCGACAAUGUCGAAAUCCUCGUUCGGGAUGAAGCCUGGGCCGAAGAGAAAGGAAUGCGAACAUUCCUUUCCGUAACCCAUGGCACCGCGGAGCCCGCUAAGUUACUUGAAAUUCACUACAAGGGUGCCCCUUCAAAAGACGACACACCGGUGGCUUUCGUUGGCAAAGGUAUCACUUUCGAUUCCGGAGGAAUCAGCUUGAAACCAUCAGCGGGAAUGAAAUUGAUGCGUGGUGAUAUGGGUGAGGAUCUCGGAUCUUUGAUUGACAAGAGCGACACUUCUAACGGGAUCUCCGGUGUAGGUGGUGCCGCCUCUGUUGUCGCGGCUACACUGGCCAUCGCUAAACUCAAACUUCCGGUCAACCUCAUCACUAUCACUCCACUGACGGAGAACCUUCCUGGGCCAAGUGCGACCAAGCCUGGUGACAUAAUCUACGCAAUGAACGGUAAAACAGUUGAAGUCGACAAUACUGAUGCUGAGGGUCGAUUGAUGCCAUUUACUAUGCGUCUUCCGAGUACAAGCCUCACACAGCUUAUUGACGUGGCCACCCUGACUGGUGCCAUGGACAUUGCGCUUGGAGACCUAUAUUCUGGAGUAUUCACCACGUCCGAUAAGCUCUGGGACCAACUCCGCGUCGCAGGGGAGACUGAAUUCGAUCGAUUCUGGCGUAUGCCAUUGGACGAGGACUAUGGACCCCAGAUCUAUUCGUCAAAUGCUGACCUGUGUAACACCGGUGGCAGACCGGCUGGAAGUUGUACGGCAGCGCUUUUCUUGAAGGCGUUUGUUGAAGGGAUUGAUGGCGAUGAGCCUUCCCUGAAAUGGGCUCACAUUGAUAUUGCUGGUACUAUGGAGGUAACCCGACCUACACCUUAUCUUGAAAAGGGCAUGACAGGCCGAUCUGUGCGGGGUCUGAUUGAAUAUGUACGAAACCUGUAG